UGAAUGAUGAAACAUGACGUUUUAAGUUUAGUUUUUAGAAAAAUGUUAUUUCAUGUUUUACGUGACUAAUAGUAAUUGUGUUCAUAUAUAAAGGGUACACGAAAAAUAUUUCGUCAUUUUCAGACCUCAUACGUCCGUUUUUAGUUCUAUAACGUUAUACAAGAAUUUUCUAUAAUGGAAUUUCCUCAUAUUGGAAAAAACUGUUGCUACAAAACGUGUAACAAACUUGACUUCCUGCCUAUGAAAUGUGAUGCUUGUCGAGAGGUAUUCUGUUCUGACCACUUUACAUACAUAAAACAUGAUUGUCCAGCACCAAAUACGAGGGAUGUUCAAGUCCCUGAAUGCCCUUUAUGUGGUAAACCAGUGCCAGGGAAAAGAGGGGAGCCUCCAGAUGUUGCUGUAGGUGCUCAUAUUGAUAACCAAUGUACUUCAGACCCCGCAAGAGAAAGACGAAAUAAGGUGUUUACAAACAAAUGUUCAUACAAAGGGUGCAAAACGAAAGAAAUGGUGCCUCUUGUGUGUGGCGAAUGUUCGUUGAACUAUUGCUUACGACAUCGACAUGCAGCGGACCACGCGUGCGAAGGAAAAUUCGCUGCGAAGAGAAGAAGAGCUGCUGAAGCGGCAAUGGCGCGAAUGAAGGCAAAUGAAAACAAAAUAGCAAAUGGGAGACAGAUACCUAGUGGUGUUACAACUGCUGAUAUACAAGGAAAUAUGACUGAAGAUGAAGCGUUGGCCCAUGCUCUAGCACUAUCAUUACAAGAUGAAGAUUCCAGUGGUCAAAGUAACGACAUAAUGAGGAGUAUCAGACAGAGAGUGGGCGGUGAACCUAAUUCUAGGUGUACUGUAUCUUAGCGACACUAUAUAUAUGAAGAACAACAUAUUAUGCCUGAAGUUAAUAAUCAAUCCUUAUGGGCCCUCUUCACAAUGGGCAGCUUUGGGCGAGUAGAGGUAAUCACAAUAGUGUAGAGGAAAUAUAUAUGACCAACUGACAUUGUAGAUAUGUAGUUAUUCAUUGUAGUCAUUCCCUGUUGCCAAACAUCGACAGUCAUUAAUUGUUGGGCCACGCUGCCCAUUGUGAAGAGGGCCCAUAAACCAAGUUGUAACCAUAGUUUAAUCUAUCAUACAUUUCGUGAUAAUCUUGUCAAUAACCAACCGAAGGACUGUUUAUGUAUUUGCAAGUGCAAAAGUCAGCAAAAGAUUGAUGCAGUAAGAGGAAAUAAAUAUUAAUUUACGGGCGUAAAAUAUUAAAAUAUCAAUAGGUUCGACCAAAAGUGACUUCUGAUUCAUUUUUGUGUUGUUUGACUUUUAACUUGGAUUAAUGCUCAAUUUAAUGUUAUAAUGAAAAUAAUGUAUGCAGAAUAAAAUAAAUUUCUUUUGACUAAGCUA